CGACCGCUGCUCUUGCUGCCGCUGCUUUUAGCGUCGCUGGUGCCGCGCAGCGAACUGCCUUUUUCCCCGGCAGCCUGAAGGCACGUGAAGUCCCGAGGGCUCUUUUGCUCUUCCCGUUUGGAUCCCGGGCCAGCGGUCAACGAUGCAUUAAAAGCAGUUGUAGAGACAUUACCAUAGCAGAGGUUCCAAUAUGCCCAACGCGCAAGCGAGCGAGGGAAUUAGAGCUCCUAUUAUGACAUCACACACUGGAGGUCAGGCAGAUAAUCUUCACACAUCACAGAAGUGCAUUGGAAAGACAGAAUGGAUACUACUUGGAUCUUGGCAUGCUGAAAGCAGACACUUUAUCGUGCUUGUAAUUUUUUGGUAUUGAACUUUGGUGUCCAUAAUAAGUUCGAAGAAGAAACGUAUUUGAGAAUACGUCCAAUUAUCACGUCAGCCUUUCAGUGAUGAAUGGGAAACGCUCUGUGCGAAGAUGUCCAGAUCAAGCAAGACAAGCAUUUCAAGAUAACUCAACUGUUCAAAAUAGUAGUUCCAAUGAGACAACAGGAUCAGGCAUGUCCCAGUCAAAUAGGUGGUACCUGCAUAAUUCUGCAAGAGAUUGCCCCAGGACAUCUACUACCUCAUCUAGCCAGAUGUCUUCAAUUUAUGAACAGGGAGAAGAAAAUAGGAGAGAUUUGCCAAACAGAGGGCAAAUAACAUUUACCAGAGAAGUCAUUGCAAGGGAGACCAGCUCUAGCACCUUCUCAUCUAGUUCCUCAGCUUCAUCUGAACAGAGUGUGCUGAAAACCAUAUGCAGUAUUCCCAGCCUUAUGGCAUUUGGUACUAUCUGCCUCCUUCAAAACCUUUUACAACCCUGCAUGUUUGUAAGAAACCAGAUCACGAUGGCCAACUGUGUGAAAGUUUUGAAACACCUGAUCAUAGCUGUCCCAGUCAUUUGUGGUACCUUUUACUGCUUUUGUCAAUACCUGAAAUUAUCAGAUGGCCUCUCAUCAAAGGAACUUACAAAACUGUAUGAAACUGAGUUGAAAGCACUCUGGAAAUCACAAACUUUUCUUGAAGAACAAAUUCAUGAAAUUCAGAGCCUUAAACAAGAGAUGGAUCGCCUGCGUUCUGAGGUCAGCAGCAUCAAUGGAGGCAUCCUACAGUCCGUAAAGCAAAUCGUUGAGGAAAACGACAUCCCAGGAGAGAACAAAGAUCAAGCGCUUGACAUGAUCAAUUUGGCUUUUAAGAAGAUUUAUGAAGAUCACGUACAAAUGGCUGACUGGGCUCAAAAGUCAAUAGGAGGCACCAUCGAUAAAGACAGGACAUCUAAGAGUUAUGCGUCUCAGGACAUGGAAAAUUGCUGGUUUAAAUCAUUCUUCAUCUCUUCAGCCAAUCCCCCUGAUACUAUUCUACAGCCAGAUGUUCAGCCUGGAAACUGCUGGGCAUUCCAAGGGUCUGAGGGCCAAGUGGUAAUUAUCCUGCCUGAAAAAAUCCAGCCCACAGCCGUGACAGUUCAGCACAUCUCCAAAGCAAUUGCUCCUUCGAACAGAGUCACAAGCGCCUUAAAGGAUUUUUCGGUUUAUGGGCUAAAUGAUGAAACAAAAGAGGAGAUUCCACUGGGAACAUUCAUGUAUGAUAUUGAGAAAGAAGGCAUUCAGACAUUCCAACUGCAGAAUGAACAAAAAAAGGAGUUCCAGUAUAUCAAAUUCAAGGUGCAGAGCAACUGGGGAAAUCCAGAGUUCACCUGCAUUUAUCGAGUCAGGGUGCAUGGAAAGAUGGUCAAUAUGAACUUUUGGAUCAAGGCAGGAGGUAUUCAAUAUCUACAAGGCUGGAAAAUUUACUUUAGUUCACGUUUUUGUUCCUCUCUGGCUUGCCCAUUAUAUUGUCAAAUAUCAUAUCAAGCCUAUUCCCUAUGGUAUUGUUCAAAGAAAACCUGCAAUAUUUCCAGGAGACAAAAUGGAGGAAGAAGUAAUUCCAUCGGUGCCGCCACCAGCAGCAGGAGAAAUACCAGAAUUACCAAUGUGUGAGGACUGAGAAGCUAAAGGACCUGAAAAAUUGAAAAACUAAAAAGCUUCUUUUAUUGUUUCCUCUACCAAUGAAUGUAUAAUUCAAAAUGGACA